GUAUUGCAGUCAGACACAUUAUUUCUGUGGUUGAGCGAACCAGGCAUCUUUGCAGCUCCUGAUCAGUGUCCUGACUCAGGCACACAGUUAAUAGAUCCACCGUAUACUCUCGCUAGUUCAGACAUCAGGAUCACAGUGUAUAUCGUGACCUUUCUUCCCUUCCUACACGAAUCAGUGGAAUCAGGACAACGAACAACGAUUGAAGCAUGGCAAGUGUUCAAGCGGCAGUGCCUGUGAUGGGACUGGAUCCAACAUCAACAACGGAAAAUAAGUCUAGUGUGACUACGAACAAAUUUAACCCAUCAAAGGCCGCAUUACAGACAGAGUACAUCGAUUCAGGAGCUGGCUACUUCACGUCGAAAUUCUCAGUUUCCGAGGAAAGCAUAAAAUUUAUUUCUCCUCGAGCCAUCAAGUCUAUCAAGUCCAUUCCUGUGAAGGUCGGUGAUACAUUCACCAUCGCUGAGUAUGGUUGUGCAGAUGGAGGCAACUCCACGCCACUGAUGUACGCAUGCGUAAAGGAACUGAGGAGUUUGUAUGGGAAUGAGUUAGAGGUCCACAUUAAUUACGAAGACAAACCGGAUAAUGACUUCAAGUCGCUCUUUUAUUUUCUUCAAGGUUUACUUCCAGCUACACCCAGCUACCUCGCCGAUUUCCCAAGUGUUUUUGUGUCUGCGACGGGAACCAACUUCUACGAUCAGUGUUUUCCCAGUGGGUCUGUUAACUUCGGAUUUUGUUGUUUGGCUGCUCAAUGGCUGAGCCAAAAGCCCUGUAACCUAACAAAAGCAGUGCUGCACAGUUUAUCCGAAGACCCGGAUGAGAGAAACGAGUUCAGUAAACAAGCCGAGAAGGACUGGGAACGGUUUCUGUUGAUGAGAGCAAGAGAACUAUCGAAAGGAGGAAGACUGGCUCUUAUUGUUUCUGUGAGUGAAGUAGAUUACAACAGCAGCGUCACCAACAUCGAAAAAAGGAAAGACAUUGUGAGGAAUACGCCUUCGUUUUCGCCAAUCUACAGUGCACUGUACAAGGUUUGGGAGGGCAUGGCAAAAGACAGCAUAAUCACAGAGAAUGAAGUUAAGGAAAUGACGAUCCCGGAAUAUUUCAGAACGCACGAGGAACUUACAAAGCCAUUCAUGUCAGACGAAUCUUCAGUCCGAAAAGCUGGCUUGACACUUGUCUCGGUGGAAAUAAAAGAUUUUCUAUUACCACAAACGAAGCUAUUUCAAGAAACUGGAGACGCCAAAUUAGCUGCGAGACUUACGACUGGGCAAACUCGCGCUUGGAGUAAUUCUCUGUUUUUAUCAACCCUUGAUGGCCAGCGUUACACUCCUGAACAGAAAAAGGAAAUUCUGAACGAAUAUUUCUAUCGUUUAGAGGAAGAGCUGUUGAGUUCUCCAGAGUAUUACAUGCUACUCGCGAUGAGGAAUGCAUUCAUUAUCAUCGAAAAAUCAUAGUCUAUGAAAAAAUAAAAGACUAUUUACACAUGCAGCAUGAAAAGGCAAAUUUAAGUUGCCGUAAUGUCAGCGUAAAGCUACUACAAAGUUCUGCUUUACACAGCUUUACGUCACAUUUAUUUUUUUCAUGUUGUGUUAAGGAUUGCUUCUGAAUCAUUCGAGUUAUAUACCCUAUUAGCCUCCUUGCACAAACUAUAUACCAUUGUCAUCUUUAAUUGCUUUAUAUGUAUCUUUUUUUUCUUUCUUUUUUUAUGCUAAUAUUGUAAUUUCAAAAUGUAA